ACAAAAAUCCAACAGAACCCUUUAGGCCAAUAAGCCUGUGAAGAAACAUUCAAUAUCACGAAACUCUUGUUAUGGACCUUAUUGUUUGCUUCCUCUCCUAAUUAUUUAUGCCAGAGAGCCUUCUCUGCUCCUUCUUUCUCUCUGUGCACCGCAACCUCUUAUUUGCUGAUCAAAAUUUAAUCCGGGUUUUCAUUGCUGUACCUCCUAGAAAUCAACCAUGAUGCCUGAAUAUGACUACCUGUUCAAGCUAUUGCUCAUUGGAGAUUCUGGUGUUGGCAAGUCAUGCCUGCUGCUGAGAUUUGCGGAUGAUUCUUAUAUUGAAAGCUACAUUAGUACCAUUGGUGUUGAUUUUAAAAUUCGCACAGUCGAGCAAGAUGGAAAGACCAUCAAACUUCAAAUUUGGGACACUGCUGGUCAAGAACGAUUUCGUACAAUCACAAGCAGCUACUAUCGUGGUGCACAUGGAAUUAUCAUUGUCUUUGAUGUCACAGAUGAAGAAAGUUUCAAAAAUGUCAAGGCAUGGCUGGCAGAAAUUGAUAAGUUUGCAACUGAUAAUGUUAAUAAGCUCUUGGUUGGUAACAAAUGUGAUUUAACCUCCAAGAGGGUGGUAUCCAAUGAAACUGCCAAGGCGUUUGCAGAUGAAAUUGGUAUCCCAUUCCUGGAAGCUAGUGCCAAGAAUGCUACCAAUGUAGAGGAUGCCUUCAUGACCAUGUCUGCAGACAUAAAGAAAAGAAUGGCUAGUCAACCAACGGCCAGUGCUGUUAGACCCAGUACAGUGCCCAUCCGUGGAAAACCUGUCAACCAAAGUAGUAACACUAACACUUGCUGCUCAUCUUGAUUUCUCCCGGGAUACCAUGGAUUGUACGAAUCAGUAAAGCUGAAAGAAAACUAGCCGGUAGAUGCAAGGGGUUGUUACUUGCAUGCCUAUCUUCUAAUGUGUACAGAAACCCCGAGAACAUAUUUCUGAUGCACCGCACGAGCAGACGGUCACAUAGAUUUGUUGGAUUGGAAAUUUUCACAUUAACUUGAUUUCUACACGUACAAUUAUGAUUGUCAUUUUUCUUUCUCACUAGUCCCUUGAGUUACUAUGAUGCCAUUUGCGCUUCUAUCUUUUGAAGAUUAUGGACUAGCCUGAAUACAACGAUCAAUGAGAAUGAACGAAUUCAAUCU